AUGAAUAUUACGAACUUUGAAGCGUUUGCCUGUGUUGCUAGCAGAGGUACAGCCCAAAGCAUGGUUCGCACCGUCGUAGUUACGUGCGGGGCCACGGUGCCAUUUCCAGAUCUUGUACGGUCCGUCUUGGAUGCGGGUUUCAUCCAAAAACUUGAGCUGUGCAACUUCGAUCGGAUGGUCGUUCAGUACGGCAAAGGUUUCGGCACCGAGUUCCAGCGGCUUGUGGAGCAGUCUGGAAUGCUGGAUAACGUCCGUGACAAGAGUAGCAACCCACUGGAAUCGCUGGGAAUUGAACUUGGGAUCCACGUCAAAUUGGGCCAUCUGGAGGUCUGCGGAUUCGAGUUCACGACCGCGAUUCAGAAUCUGCUCCGCACGGAAGCCGAUCUGGUGAUCUCGCACGCCGGAACGGGCUCCAUCUUGGACGCACUCCGCCUGCAAAAACCGCUCAUUGUCGUUGCCAACACAGGCCUCAUGGACAACCACCAAUUGCAAAUCGCGCUCAAGUUUGAGUCACGUGGCCACCUUAUUUCCGCGCACGAUUCAAGCGCCCCGGCGCUGGCGCAAGCUUUGGAAAGGACGCAAGCCGUCACUCUAGAACCACUGCCGAGCGGGGUCAAUGCCCAGUUUGCGAACCUGCUGGCGACGGUGGCGAAGUCAUGA